AUGGCGGCGAGGAACGCACUGCUUAAGUACCUGAGGGUGAAUAUUCAUUCCGUGCCACUUCAAAACCCUGGAGCCGGCCUCCGUGGGGCCCUGUCGCGGCUCAUCAGUAGCCGCAACUUCUGUGCGGAAGUGAAGGGUUCUUUCCUUGACAAGUCUGAGGUCACGGAUCGUGUCCUCAAUUGCGUGAAAAAUUUCCAGAAAGUCGAUCCCUCUAAGGUUACCCCAAAUGCACAUUUCCAAAAUGAUCUAGGGUUAGAUAGCUUAGACACCGUCGAAAUUGUGAUGGCUCUUGAAGAAGAGUUUGGUUUUGAGAUUCCGGACAAUGAAGCAGACAAAAUCAAUUCCAUCAAUCUUGCUGUGGACUUCAUUGCAUCUCACCCGCAGGCAAAAUAA